GACCCGGCUUCCGACAUGAAGUCGAGGCCUGUGGGUCCCCGGCCGCUGCUGGUGCUGCUGGUGCUGCUGCUCCGAGCGGCGUCCGUGCGCGGAGUCCAGCGUCCGCGCCGCUACACCCCGGACUGGCAGAGUCUGGACUCCCGGCCGCUGCCGGACUGGUUCGACAAGGCCAAGUUCGGGGUGUUCGUGCACUGGGGCGUGUUCUCGGUGCCGGCCUGGGGCAGCGAGUGGUUCUGGUGGCACUGGAAGGGCGAGGGGCUGCCGCAGUACGAGCAGUUCAUGAGCGACAACUACCCGCCCGGCUUCAGCUACGCGGACUUCGGACCGCAGUUCACGGCGCGCUUCUUCCAUCCGGAAACCUGGACCGACCUCUUCCAGGCGUCCGGGGCCAAGUAUGUAGUUCUGACGACAAAACACCAUGAAGGCUUCACAAACUGGCCAAGCCCUGUGUCUUGGAACUGGAACUCUAAGGAUGUGGGUCCCCAUCGUGAUUUGGUUGGUGAGUUGGGAAAAGCCCUCCGGAAGAGGAAUAUACGUUAUGGACUCUACCACUCACUUUUAGAAUGGUUCCACCCACUCUACCUACUUGAUAAGAAAAAUGGCUUCAAAACACAGUAUUUUGUCCGUGCAAAAACAAUGCCAGAACUAUAUGACCUUGUUAACAGAUAUCAGCCUGACUUGAUUUGGUCUGAUGGAGAGUGGGAAUGUCCUGACACUUACUGGAACUCUACGGAGUUUCUUUCUUGGCUCUACAAUGAUAGCCCCGUCAAGGAACAGGUAGUGGUAAAUGACCGGUGGGGUCAGAACUCUUCCUGUCACCAUGGAGGAUACUACAACUGUCAAGAUAAAUUCAAGCCAGAGAGCUUGCCAGAUCACAAGUGGGAAAUGUGUACCUCCAUAGACAAGCUCUCCUGGGGCUUUCGUCGGAACAUGGUGAUGGGGGACAUUGCAAGUGAAUGUGAAAUCAUUUCGGAACUGGUGCAGACCGUGAGCCUGGGAGGCAACUACCUUCUUAACAUUGGAGCAACUAAAGAUGGACUGAUUGUUCCCAUCUUCCAAGAAAGGCUUUUUGCUGUGGGGAAGUGGCUGAGCGUCAAUGGGGAGGCGAUCUAUUCCUCUAAACCAUGGAGGAUACAACUGGAAAAGAACACGACGUCUGUGUGGUAUACCUCAAGAGAAACAGCGGUUUAUGCCAUUUUCCUGCACUGGCCAGAAAACGGAGUCUUAAACCUUGCAUCCCCUAUAACCACCUCGACUACACAGAUAACGAUGGUAGGGAUCCAGAAAGAUCUGAAGUGGUCCACAGAUCCAGAAGAAGGUCUGCUCAUUUACCUGCCGCAGCUGCCACUCUUCACUCUGCCAAUUGAGUUUGGCUGGACUAUAAAGCUGACAGGAGUGCAUUGAUCGUUGGGAGUUCAGGCAGAACUGCCUCCUCUUUGCUGCUUUGGUUUUCCUCUUAUAGCACCAGCAUUGUAAUAAACUACUUCUCUACUCAGAGAUGGCUUUUCCAACACA